AUGGAUGAAACUGGAAUUAAACAGGCAGCAGAACCUGUAAAAGCUUUGAUAGAGCAAGAGGUGAAGAAUGGCUUUCCUUCUAACAGAAUUAUUUUGGGAGGAUUUUCUCAGGGAGGAGCCUUUUCCUUGCACACGGCUCUCACCACACAGCAGAAGCUGCCUGGCAUCACUGCUCUCAGUUUCUGGUUCCUGCUGCAAGCCUCAUUUUCACAGGGUCCUAUCAGUGGUGUGAAUAGAGACAUUCCCAUCCUUCAGUGCCAUGGAGUGUUGGAUCCUUUAGUUCCCCUAAUGUUUGGCUCUCUUACUGUUGAAAGGCUAAAAGCAUUGGUCAGUCCAGCCAAUGUGACCUUCAAAACUUACUCCUGUUAA